UUUAAGCAGACUGUCAGCCAUGUAACCGGCUACAAAGUGUAUUUACAUUAUAUUCUCAGCACACAACAACACUUACAAUAUAACCAACCUGCUUCAAUAAUCUUCCAAGGGCAGUCCACCAUGCCUAUCAUAUUUAACCCUGGCUACAUUGGACCCAAUCCGCCUUGUUGUGAUACGGACUGUACCGAUGAAAGCGAAUGUCCGAAUGCCGAGUGCGGGCCAUGCCCAGGACCGAGAGCGCCUUGUGGCGGCUGUUCACCAGCUGCAGAUAAAAGACAGGAAUAUGCUGAGGAAGAUGUUGAAGACAGUAACAAUAAAUCGGAAGAUCCACCAUGUCCAGCCUCAACUCCAACAAAUGAAAAUUAACCAUCUUUAGAAUCCAAUAAAUUUAAUUUUAGUACAAGGAGUUUUAGUACAA